UGUGAGAGAAGCCGGUGCGUAAGGAGGGCACUUGGGCGGAGAGGGACGCCGAGCGUACAGGCUGACAGUUCAUCGCAGACUGAAGCCUUGCACUACAUGCUCGCACUCCUUCCAACUCACUUCGGCGUAUAGGUUUGCGAGAACUUGAGAAUGUCCGACCCGGCGCAAUCCAACAGCGAUGGAGAGGAGGCAAGCGAGCCUAUGAGGGGUUUCGCCCGGCAAGGUGCCCUGAGACAGAAAAACGUUCACGAAGUGAAGGAUCAUAAGUUUAUCGCCCGCUUCUUCAAGCAACCUACUUUCUGUAGCCACUGCACGGACUUUAUCUGGGGAUUUGGGAAACAAGGAUUUCAGUGUCAAGUCUGUUGCUUUGUGGUGCACAAGCGCUGCCAUGAGUUUGUCACCUUCUCCUGCCCCGGAGCAGAUAAGGGUCCUGCAUCAGACGAUCCACGAAGUAAGCACAAGUUCAAAGUCCACACGUACUCCAGCCCCACCUUCUGUGACCACUGCGGCUCUCUGCUGUACGGACUCAUCCACCAGGGCAUGAGAUGUGACCACUGCAUGAUGAACAUCCAUAAGCGCUGCGUGGCCAACGUGCCGAGUCUGUGUGGGACUGACCACACAGAGAGGAGGGGCCGCAUCCAAAUCACUGCAGAGAUCAAGAACAACGUGCUCACCGUCAGCAUUAAAGAAGCCAAGAACCUGGUGCCCAUGGACCCCAAUGGCCUGUCUGACCCCUAUGUAAAACUAAAACUCAUCCCUGACCCAAAGAGUGAGAGCAAACAGAAGACCAAGACCAUCAAAUGCUGUCUGAAUCCCACGUGGAACGAGACCUUCACAUUUAAUCUGAAGGAGUCUGACAAAGACCGCAGGCUGUCUGUGGAGAUCUGGGACUGGGAUUUGACCAGCCGGAAUGACUUCAUGGGCUCUCUGUCUUUUGGCAUCUCUGAGCUUCUGAAGCUAGGAGUGGAUGGAUGGUUUAAGCUGCUCAGUCAGGAGGAGGGCGAGUACUUUAAUGUUCCUGUACCACCUGAGGGAGAAGAAGGCAAUGAGGAGCUCCGGCAGAAGUUUGAGAGAGCUAAAAUUGGUCCCAGCAAAACAGACAGCUCAUCUUCCAACAUCUCCAAAUUCGACAGCAACGGCAACAGGGAUCGCAUGAAACUGUCUGACUUUAAUUUUCUCAUGGUGCUGGGCAAGGGUAGCUUUGGAAAGGUGAUGUUAGCCGAGAGGAAGGGAGGAGAAGAGCUUUUUGCCAUUAAAAUCCUCAAGAAGGAUGUGGUGAUCCAGGAUGAUGAUGUUGAAUGCACUAUGGUGGAGAAGAGAGUAUUGGCCCUGUCGGGGAAACCACCCUUCCUUACUGCACUGCACUCCUGCUUUCAGACCAUGGACCGCUUGUACUUUGUCAUGGAAUACAUCAAUGGUGGAGAUCUCAUGUACCAUAUCCAGCAGGUCGGCAAGUUUAAGGAACCCCACGCUGUGUUCUACGCCGCAGAGAUCGCUAUAGGCCUGUUCUUCCUGCAUUUGAAGGGUAUUAUAUACAGAGAUUUAAAGCUGGAUAAUGUCAUGUUGGACGCAGAGGGUCACAUCAAAAUUGCUGACUUUGGCAUGUGUAAGGAGAACAUGGAAGACGGAGUAACCACCAAGACCUUCUGCGGGACCCCUGACUACAUCGCCCCUGAGAUUAUCGCUUACCAGCCGUAUGGAAAGUCUGUGGACUGGUGGGCCUUUGGAGUUUUACUCUACGAGAUGCUGGCUGGACAGCCUCCGUUUGAUGGAGAAGAUGAGGAUGAGUUGUUUCAAUCCAUCAUGGAGCACCAUGUGUCGUAUCCCAAAUCCAUGUCCAAGGAGGCUGUGGCCAUCUGCAAAGGGCUGAUGACCAAGCACCCGGGCAAGCGUCUGGGCUGCGGUCCUGAGGGGGAGCGAGACAUCAGGGAGCACGGCUUCUUUCGUUACAUAGACUGGGAGAAACUGGAGAACAAGGAAGUUCAGCCACCAUUCAAACCAAAAGCCUGUGGCCGGGAUGCAGAGAACUUUGACCGCUUUUUCACCCGCCAUCCUCCGGUUCUCACCCCUCCAGACCAGGAGGUCAUCAUGAACCUCGACCAAGACGAGUUCGAGGGCUUUUCCUUCAUAAACCUCGAAUACGCUGUCAUAGAAGCCCAGAGUUAAGGGCGACUCCCCCCACCACCAAAACUAACCAAACCCUCCAUCAGCCCCCCCUCAUCAUAUGUGUUUAUAUGCCAUAUACGCCACGAAACUGGUAUGUAUAUGUAUAUAAACAAACAGCCACGCACCGAAACUAACCCAUCAUUCCACGUGCAUGCCAUUUUAUUAAGAUUAGUAUCGCUGCGGCUUUCAUAACCUUGCGUUGAAUGUAUCCGGCUGGAGAAGCGUUUUGAAUCUAGAGGCCUUUUUGCACUUUGGCCGUCUUUAUACUAGCUUUAUGCUACUUCUUUCCUGAAUGCGCCGUGUAGUGCAUAGAUCUCUUGUAAAUUGCCCUUUAGAUUGCAUCUGUUCAAUCACAAUAGGUGUUCAGAUAUAGCCAUUUGCACUAAGGUGCAUGACUCUUGAGAUGUACAAUGGCUAGCCCUCGCUCCCCAAACCAGCCUUUGUGACAGUGAUAUUGUGCUGAUUUUAUAGUUGUUUUUGCCUCCGGCUAUUAUUGCCUGUUUCCAGAUAUCAAGCGAAUGCAAACUGUUUCUGCAUGAGGGUUAUGUUUGCCCGCCAUUUCAUUUAGUUAACUCUAUAGUAAACCCUAUUGCAUUUUUGGUCGCUAUUUUGGUCCCUAUGACUUGCAUUGUACAGGCAGGUUAUUAACUAAACAAAUGACCAAAGUUUUUUUAAGCAUGAGUCCAUUUUAUAGUAUGCCCGGCUGUUUGCGUGUAUUUUUGGAUGUAGGUAAACAGAGCUUGUGCCUGAAUGUUUUAGCGAUCUGCUUCUCUUGCCUGAUCAUCUCUCACCAUCAGCGAAAACUUCCUCCAGGGUCUCCAGUAGGUCCUACAUAAAGGCAGCGUGUCUCCUGCAACGGAUUCCGGUCGGCUCUCCGAGUUUUGUCUUCUGAUUUAGGCACUGCUUAAAAUUCAGCCAGAUUAUCGAGAGGCAUGUUAUCCAUCAUCUACCUCUUCCUACAGACGUGAGAGAUACGUAUGACAACAAGUGCUAAUAUCAGACGUGACUUAACCUACAGCCAAUAGCAUUUACACUCAUUUGCACUGAGACUGACCCGUAUGUUGGACAUGAAUUACCGUUUCCAAUCCCAAUGCUAUGAUCCAGCCAAUAUUAGUUUAUCAAUCUACUCUGGUGAUACGUAUGAAUAUUGCAGCCGUCUUUUAGCACCAUUGUGGUUUAUGAUGAGCGGUCACCCAUGGGUAAUAUCUUAAAAUUAUGCCUCGGUUCAUUUAGAUUACAGAAGAGAUUGCGCAUGAGCUAAUUAGUCUAGUAGGGAUUUUUCAUGCUGUGUAGCUUCGACUUGAAUUUUGUCAAUAGAGAUCUGCGAUGAACCUCAUGAGGUAUCAAAACCGUCUUGUUGUUAUGUGAAGUGUACCACAGCAUCCAUAGAACACAGUAUUAUAUGCAACAAUAUGCACCAUGGAUUUUUUUUAGCACAUGAUUACAAGGCAUAACUUCAUAUUGAGAGUAAAACAUUACAAGCAUGUAAACAUUGCUCAUCAGGGACAAUGGGAGUUCGCUGAAGCUGGCAGUUGUUGUGUUAAUGGGUAUAAAAGGGCUGGUUGGGUGCCCUGAUUUAGUGCACACGGUUCUGCCAGCGAGAGGCUCAGGUUUAGUUGAGGGGUCUGAUGCAACUGUACUCUAGGUCCAGAAGCACAAUCGCUGUUUAUGUCAGUAAUAACAGCAGAAACCUUAUCACUGGAACUGGAAUAGGGCCACACAUCCAUAGAAAUGGGUCAGAUCCUCCGACAUCGGAGUUCCUGGAGCGGUUAUCCGUGCUGACUUUUAUCGGAAUCCACUGGGGCUUCAUAUCAUAUCUUCAUCAUUGGAUUUCAGGGAACGGAUAACCUCGAUAAUAGUUUCUAACCCUCGUUAGUCAUAAAUUGGUUGAUAUGAUACUUAAAACUAUUAAAUGUACGUCAUAUUUAAGACACUUGUCAUUUCUGCCAAAAUAUCGUGUAAAAGCAGUUCAUUGUAGGGCUUUGAUAUUUUUUUAUUUGUCUAAAUAUAAGCAAACACAUGUAUAAAAUGUGUCAAAUGUUCUUAAAGUUUGUGAAUUGUAUGUGGUCAGAAUUUUAGACUAGACGACGGUGAGAGAGGAAGUUUAUGGAAGAUUUCUGUGUUUUCUAUAAUGUGCAAGACUAAUGCAUGAAUAACUGUGAACUGUGAUUCCAUAGGUUAACAUUAUAACAAAUGAGUCUAGUGUUUCAGCGAUUGCUCUUAAUAUCUGUGUGUGCUUUGAUUCAUACUUCUUCAGUGCUUUUCUUGUGCCAAAGUAUUUUCCAAAGAAAAAAAAGUAUACAUUGCAAUAAAACUAAAACAUCAAUA